AUGAAAUAAGAGUCUUGGGAUGAUUUGCAUCUUGCUAAUGAAAAAUCAAUUACAAAAAUUUUAGAGCCAGGAGAAUAUGUUUUAUUUUCUAGUUUGCUCUACAAAUUUAAUGAAGUUAAUAAAAGAUAAGAAAGAACAAUUCUCAUUACAACACAUAAUCUAUAUAAUCUCUCGAAAUUGAGUAUCAAAAGAAAAAUUCCAAUAAAAAGAGUAUAUGGCAUAACCAUAGGUUUGAUUGGGACAGAAUUUGUAGUACAUGUUCCUGAAGAAUAUGAUUAUCGAUAUUCAAGUUCAGAAAGAAGAGAUUAUGCAGUACUGUGUAUAAUAAAAGCUUAUUGUUAAUAAAAUAAAGGAGCUGCACUUCCAAUAUUCUAUAAAGAUGAACUCACUCUAACUGCAUAUACUACAACAAAAGUGGAUAAAAAAAAGGGUAUUAAUAGGUUACCAACAACUGGAUCAGAAUUGAUGAAUGAAGAAUAAUACAGAAAAAGAUUAGAUUCCUAAACAGAAGAACGAUUAAAAACAAGAGCAAAGACAUCAACAUUGUAUGCAAAAUAGAAAGGUGAAGCUGUUACAAUAGAUGAUUUUGAUUUAAUAAAAGUAUUAGGUAGAGGAGCAUAUGGUAAAGUUAUGUUGGUAGAGAAAAAGAGUGAUAAAUAGUAUUAUGCAAUGAAAUCAAUACGUAAAGAAGAUAUAGCAGAUCCUGAAUAAUUAGAACAUACAAAAACUGAAAGAAUAGUUUUAGAACAUGUAAAUCAUCCAUUUUUAGUCUCAUUAAAUUGGGCAUUUUAAACUCCUGAAAAGUUAUUUUUUGUUACUUAAUUUAUGAAAGGUGGUGAAUUAUUUUAACAUCUUAAACAUGUAAAAAGAUUUGAAGAAAAUAGAACAAAAUUUUAUGUUUCUGAAAUUGUAAAUUCUUAUUCUUAUUUAUAAAUAGAUUUUAGCAUUAGAACAUUUACAUUCAAAAAAUAUUAUAUAUAGAGAUUUAAAACCAGAAAAUGUAUUAUUAGAUGAUUAAGGUCAUUUAUGUUUAACAGAUUUUGGUAUGGCCAAAAUAUUAAAAAAAAAUGAAUUAACUAAAUCAUUCUGUGGUACACCUGAAUAUUUGGCUCCUGAAAUUCUUCUUGAAAUUGGACAUUCUAUGGCUGCUGAUUGGUGGGCUUUAGGAAUACUUACUUAUGAAAUGUUAUAUGCACUUCCACCAUUUUACAACAAAAAUUAAGAUUUAAUGUUUAAACAAAUUUAAACAAAAGAUAUUAAUUUUCCUACUACUCCUUAGAUUUCUAAUGAAGCAAAAGAUUUUAUCUAAAAAGUAUUACUAUAAAUCUUAUAUAUUAUUAGUUAACAAUCAAAGAUCCAAAACUUAGAUUAGGAUAUAAUAAAACAGAUGAUGUCAAAAAUCAUAUAUGGUUAAAGGGAGUUAAUUGGGAGAAACUUUUAAAAAAAGAGAUUGAAACUCCAUUUAAACCUUAAAUAUAAGGAGAUGCAUGGCUUGAAAAUUUUGAUAAAUAAUUUACUGCAGAAGAGGCAAUAAAUUCUUAUGCACCUGAAAAUAAUUUAGUCAAUUAAGAUGAAUUCAGAGAGUUCGACUAUUAUUAAAAAUGA